UAUAGUUUUAAAUAAAAUGUUGUGUGUAUUAAGACUCGAAGUAGCCAAGAGUAUUAAAAUAAAUCAAACUUUAAAUAAUUUCGUUGUAAAGUAAGAAAUGUUAUAAAAAUGGAUUACACAACUUUUUCGAUAGAGCCGUUUUUAAGAGUGCUUCUAAUUAUCGCUUGCGUUUUGGGUUUUUUCAUUGCGAAGGUAUUGUGGUCGGUCAUUGUUAAUUUAAGGAAGGAUACAAAUGCCACUGGACGUUUAGCGGUUAGACAAAAUAGAUAUUUGUCGAACAAGAUACAAAACAAAGUGCCAGCAAAUCCAAGAAAAGCAAUAACGAAAAGUGUUAAUGCAUCUAGUCGAAAACUCUCAGUCACUGAUGGUAUAGUAUCGCCAAAAUUUCCUUCUAAAGACGAAGGAAGAUGUAAAAUAAACAAGAAGCAGAAAAGCAAGCCUGUAGUCUUUGAUCCGAAUGAUCUGGAACAGUUAAAUAGUAAUGUUGAGAUACACAACUCACACCCGCAGGUUCGUGAAAGAAAGAGAAACUUAGUCCAUGAAAAAUCCAAGGCACUUGAUGGUAUUGAUUCACAUCGUAGUGAUAGUACGAAUGUCUCCGCCGAUCGUUUUUCCGAUAUAUUAGCCACAUAUGUCAAUUCGGACCUUUCAAGUAAUGAUGAAACCAGACAGUCGAAGAACCUUGGGAAUUUGGCAUCAUCGCUAUCGGGAGAAGAAGGUGAAGAACUAGUGCUGGAUUUAACAACGUAUGGCAUUCCGGAAAACAGCGUGGAACAUUUAGAAGUAAACGAUAAUGAUAAAAAUUAUGUCGUUCAAGUGGCUGGAACUACUGGUGACCAUAUUCCAUACCACACUAACAGCGUUCAGAACUCUUAUAAAAGAAGAUGGCCUCUCGAACAGGAACACGUGGACAUAAACGGUCAUAUUCCUGACAAUGGGGCUAGAACAGGAAGUUUUAAUGUCGAGAUUUCACGUGUAAAACAAUUUGAACAUUCUGAUCGACGGCCAGCUAACACAAAUAGAUAGUGUUCCUGACAGUGGUGCAAAUCACAGUAUUGCUCAAAGCGGGCUGACAAAUAGGAAUAUUGUAUUAUUUUCUGACAAAGAGCCGGCAGAAACUGUUAGUUUUCCUUAUAAUGGUGCUAGACCCAAAACUUUCGCUAACGCCUGUCGCAGAAGACACAAAACACCAAUAUCAAACCGACCGCCUAUCAAACCCGACAGACAUGGUGACAUAUCUGACCACAGUGCUAGGGACGAUGUUUUAUACCGCCGCGAACCAAAGCAUGAAAAUGUAUCGUCUGCUAAAUCACAUCAAGAUAACAACGCGAGUUCCCGGACGAGUAGUGUUGUUCCCGUCGGAAUGUCCGGUGAGGCAAGUGCACGAGUAUCUACACCUGCGUUAGGACCAGUUGUCAUGCCGACUGUAGUUGAACCUUCACUAUUGAGACAGAUGGCGGAUAGUAUAUCGAAGCUGAUAGAUCAGAGUCACAUCGCCGCCGACGCUGGCGACAUCAACCGAGCUCGUAUUCUCGCCCUACAGGCGAUAGCUGGCGCCUGCAAGGAAAGGGACGACUAUCUCAAUGGGCUGAACCAGGGGAUGCAGGAGCAGCAACUUGCAGACUGGUUUGGCGGAUGUUCCGUUGUAUUCAACAAGAUUGGCGAUUAUAUCCAGUCGGCCAGAUAUUUUUACACAGCAACACUGUUCGACAACCUGUGGAAGGAAAAAGAAUAUUUUGAAGUUUCCGACGUCUUGUGGGCAAAUAUAUUACACGACGCACCAGGGAAUCAGCGUAAUAUUUUGGGAUUUCUCGUCGAACUCGACAUAAUCGCAAAACUUGCGGAACAAAGAAAGAAAUGGAAUCUCUGUGUGCUGAUAGACGCAGACAUCAACCGUGUGUACGUCAAACUAGUGCGUUUCCAUGGUAUUGGAACGCCAAAUAUACGGGCAAACCCGGGCCGCAAAGAUGCCGUGUGGAGGAGAGCCAGAUGCUUAUAUCAGAUGGGCGAUCAUACAAACUUGAAAAAAGUAUGCAGUCUCAUAUUGCAAGAAAUGUGCGACUACGAUGAUGUUGAAGCCUUCGAGUUGUGGAGCAAGGCUCUGUGUAUGUCUGGAGACUACGAUCUGGCACUCAAGAAGUGCGAGCUGGCCUUGCAAUAUUGUCAGGAGGACGAGGAUCGUAAACGUCUUGAAGCGCUUCGCGAGGAGAUUGUUUUGAAGAUCCCAACACAUGAGGAUAUCGAACCCGACGAGUCAUGCCUCUCUGGGACAAGCGCAGUGAAUGGCAAUGAGACAAACAAUCGUCUUCCUACCGCACCAUAUACUGACAGAUCUCAACGUAAAAAGAAACACAGGAGACCCAAGGCACGGAGCCCUAGCUUAGCCACCCCCGGCGAAGUUCAAGAUCAAUUAAAAGCUCAAAGACAACAACAGCAAAGGCCAAUGUUCUGCUCGAAUAUAAGUGGCGAACGAACAAUUUAUAACAGAACAUCACCAGAAGAAGGUCGCACAAGUAGCAACUCCAAAUGUAAUGGAAUAAACAUUGUGAACAACACGUUGAGACAGCUGCAAAUUGACGAGACCUCUGAUCGCUUUAGACAUGCAAGCCAGGCGAAUCACACAAGUUCUGUUCCGUAUGAUUAUGUGAGCGUCAUCGAUUCAGAUUCAGAUGACGACACUGACGAUGAAACUACAUCAUUAAAUUCCAGCUCGAAUACAUCCGUUCUUAAUAUUGAAGAUGCUAUUGAAGACAACGAACCGUUAAUAGAUGACAAUACCUCGUUUUAUGAACAAAGUUAUCGGUUCUACCAGGAGGCUGAGGUAGAUGAGAAUGUGGCAAAUUUAAUGAAAGAGGACAUAUUGUUGAAACGAGGCGUUCAAUUAAAUAUGGCUUAUCUGAGUCAGUUCGAAGACAGACAUCCACAUGAUACGAAACGUGAUACGUUCUAUGUUAAACAUUUAUCUGAGAAUGAAAUGAAAGAAAAGAUUCUUAUAAACCCACAAAAGUAUAUUCCCUGUACCAUUCAGAUGGAAGGCGCGCACGAAGCGUUUUGCACUCCUGUUGGCGGAAAUCAUCCUUUUUCGGUGAUCGAGAUAUCUGGACGAUCGAAGAUCGGACAAGUUUUCAAUGAAGAUAAAGUUCUCGUAGAACUACUGGACGACAAAGAAAAGCACGAGAAACGAUUUGGAAGAGUUCUCGGUGUAUUGGAACGCCAGCGACAUAAGGACGUUAAGAACCCUGUCUUCGUUUGCACACUGGACGAAAUAGACAGUCACCUGGUACGCCCGAUGUGUAAAACUGUACCCAAAAUACACAUCAUCAACAAACAGAUUGUUGAAAAGUUUGGACUCAAAGUCAAACGCUUCAAGUGUGAAGUUUAUGAAUACGAUGAGCGGGCAGGAAUACUUUGUAAGCCAAAAAUUUAUGACAUAAAUCCUGCUGGGCAGAAAACGUACGUAUUUCUUGUCGCGUACAUAAGCUGGAGUCCUCUUUAUGUUUAUCCUUAUGGGGCCAUCAUCAAGAUUUUGAAUUGGGGAAACAGCAUUCCGAAAGGAUUGACGAUACUUAACCUCCAGCAUGAAGUUCCAUCCAUGUAUAAACGUGAAACAGUGAACAGGACCGAGAGCAUUGUUCGCCAGGGUAGAGAUGAACCAAAGGAAAACAUGUUUAAAGGAAGAACCGAUCUUACACACUUGGAGGUGUUUACUAUAGAUCCUCCUGACGCGAAAGACUUGGAUGAUGCUCUAAGUAUCGAGUCAGAUGGGGAGGGGUAUAGAGUUAGUGUUCAUAUUGCAGACGUCUCAUCGUUUGUUGAAAAGGACGAUCCUAUUGACAAUGAAGCGCUCGACCGGUCGACUACAUUUUAUCCCGGAAUUCGAAGACCAAGGAACAUGAUACCUGAACCACUAAGCUCAAAUCUCUGCAGUCUGUUGCCGCAUCGACGACGAUUGACACUGUCGGUGAUCUUCCUCCUUGAUAAUAAAGGGCAACAAAAACAGAUGGAAGGUGACAAUUUUUUAAUUGAGGAAUCCUUCAUCAGGUCGCGGAAACAGCUGUCAUAUGGCGAGGCUCAAAAAAUUAUUCAAUCAAACGAAAGCUGCAAUGAUAAUCAACUUUCAAAGGACAUUCGAAUGCUGUUUCGAUUGGCAAAGAACAUCAGAAUGAAAAGACUUGGUAAAGCAAUGUUUUCAAUGAAUCAAGAUUGGGAGGAAAGUACUGACGAAGAGUCAAUGUCGGAAACAAGAGAAGCACAUUAUCUUAUUGAAGAAUUCAUGAUAAUGGCCAACAAGAAAAUAGCGCAGGUAUUGAAAAGGCGAUUUCAGGGUUGUCUACCGAUUCGUCGCCAGCCGCCGCCUUGUUUGGAAGGUCUUCAAGAGUUCAUCAACAAGAAUGGGCCAUACAUUGACAUUAUGUCUAUGUUUCAAGGGAAAAAUCUGAAUGGCUUGGAGAGAGGCGUCAAUAACUAUCUAGACAGCGUGGAUUCAAAUACGGAAACUAAACACGUCGCGGUUACAGAAGGGCUAUGGAAGCGAAUGAAGUCAUCACCUGAAUUUGCAGCGAAGAGUCUUCAGACGGAUCUGUUGUUUGCGUAUCAACAUGUCAUCUAUCAGCAAUGGAUCUCCAUCCAAGAACGUGCUGGGUAUGUGUGCGCCGCAAGUGUGUCGGAAGAAGAUGGGACACAUUACUCCUUGGGGUUGUAUCCCUACACGCACUUUACAUCUCCCAUCAGGAGGUACAAUGAUCUCGUCAUUCACAGAUUGUUACGGGCCUAUAUACGGCGUCAGCCGUCUCCGUACAGCAGGGAUGAAAUAGAAAAUAUCUGUGUAAAAGUGAAUACAAUGUCAAGAAGGUCUAAGCAGUACCAACGAGAUUGUAAAGCGCUUCAGGAAGCUGUCGAUUUGCACAACAACCCACAGAUGAUAGGAUGUUUCGUUGAUGAUGUCACAGACCGCGGAUUAUCGUUAUGUUCUCCCUUACUAAAACACGCAAAGAAAACGAAUCGAGAGUUGAGUUUUAACCUUCUCGUUAUGGGUUUUAAACCAGAGGUGUUUCAGGACCCAAUCACAAACUGGAACAGUGUAAAAGCGACUUGGAGAAAACGUCUGUAUGAUGUCAAAGGUGAGGCCCCUAUGUACCCGCCAGAUCGCGGCAACGUCCUUACGUUAAAUCAUCUGAGACACGUGACGUUCAUUCCAUUGCCCAUCUGGGCGAAAAUGGUGCAAGCGGCGGCUGAUGGUCGACUCGAUGACCUUUCGAGACACGUGAAGAUCGCUGCCUCAAAGGGUAAGAUCAACGACAAAGGUUAUGACGAUGUCAGCACUGAAUGUCGCGAAAUCGAACUCCUGCAACCGAGCACGAAAUUCUCCAUGACAUUCGCAAGAGGACAGACAUUAAACGUUCAGAUUACAGCAGGGCCACAGAGGGGCUUAUUAGCUGUUAAACCAAUGCUGUUUCACAUGACCCACAGUGUCAAUCUCUGCCUGUUGCACACGGAUGACCCUGUUUUGCAUCUUUACCAGUAUGUAACGAAUUCAACAUGCGAUCAAUACCGGAGCGUGAAACAAUACUUGCAACGCUGGUUACCGUUGAUUUUGAUGGAGGCGGCCACUGGAAUAGUUCAAAAUGAAGAAUCUUGUUGCAUAAAAAAUAUUCCUAUCAAAUUUACAUCAGAGCGACAAGGAAAAUUUUCCUUGAGCCUUGCUCACUGCGAGACCAGAAAUAUAGAAUUGUCGGGCACAGAAACCGACGACGAAGAAGAUGGUGAAACUGACCGCGACUCUUUGUCGUAUGACUGGCUCUGCUUGAAGGCAGCUAUUCCAAAUGCCAAGCAAGAAGCCAAUGAUUGCCAAUGCGUGUUCGGAAACCUGCAGAACUUUUGGGUAGGACAUGCUCAGGUGACAUGUGUCAAGAAGCUGAAAGAUGCUAACCAGACAGGCAAAUUAAAGGUUUCAUUUGAACUUCAUGACAAAACCCAACAAGUUCCCUUUGAACUGACACAAGAUGCGAAAAACGCAAAAUAUCAGGUUGAGAUACUGCGCAAGUCGGAAGUUGAUAGGAGAACGGAAAGUUUUAUUAAGAAGCUAGCUUCGUGUGGCAAUAUUUUGGCGGUAAAUAUUGCCCUCAACACCAAAAUACCAGAUCUUGACCGAGAUCAUAUGCAUAUUGUGAGCACGUUGUCAAAGCGUGACUUGUCCUUCGAAGGCAUGGAGGGAAGUGACGAAAGGCCGCUUCCGCCAAACAAUAAAAUGCAACAGAAAGCUAUCGACAAAGCCCUUAAAUCAAGAUUCACUCUUAUUCAGGGUCCACCUGGAACUGGAAAAACGUACACGGGGAUCAAGCUAAUGUACCUGUUUGACAAGAUAAAUCGCAUUCUACACAAAGAAGGAAAACCCAGCAAACAGGUGCUGUUUUGUGGACCGUCAAACAAGUCGGUUGAUCUUGUUGCCAGAUGGAUGUUGAAUCGAAUGGGAAACUACAAACCAAACUUUGUAAGAGUCUACGGUCGGUCAAUUGAAGCGAUGGACUUUCCCAUUCCCGGUCGCACAUUCGUAUCAAAAAAGAGUACGCGGACUUUGAAGCCAGAUGAGAUUCUUAAAUCGGUGACCCUGCAUCACUUGAUUCGUGAAAAGGGUAAGAAAUACGCCGAGGAAAUCAAAGCGAUGGACCAAUUCUUCAAGAAAAACAACUAUGCCCCAAUGCCCAAAGAGGUUAGCAGAUACGUGCAUCUUAUCCGUGAGGCAUCCAUAGACGAGAUACGUAAGCACGAUGUUAUUCUGUGCACCACUGCAGUAGGCUCAAACCCCAAGGUGUUGGAGGCAACGUCCGUUCACCAGGUUAUUGUCGAUGAAGCUGGAAUGUGUCCUGAGCCACAAUGUUUGGUUCCGAUUAUUGCUACAAAAGCUGAGCAGGUGGUUCUUAUUGGGGACCACAAACAAUUACGACCGAUCAUCAUGUGUAGAGAGGCAGCACAGCUGGGCAUGGAGACGUCGCUGUUUGAGAGAUACGCCACGUCGAGCAGCUCUUGCAACGUUCAGUUUGUAAUGCUAAACGAACAGUAUCGCAUGCAUCCAGCUAUCUGCGAAUUCCCGUCUCGCCAGUUUUAUGACAAGAAAUUAAUUACUCGUAAUGGCGCCUGGUUAUCAAAAGCACUUGAAAGGCCUCUUCAGAUUUGGCCACGAAAUCCAUAUGGUGUGUGUCCCCACGCAAGAUUACCCCGAAUGCCAUGUCCGCGUGGCGAUUGCCCCGAACGGAUAUACCCUCACGUCCUGUUGCACGUGGAGGGUGAGGAGAAAGUGCUUACAGUGUCCACGGAAGACGGCAACGAACAGUCGAAGAGUAACGAAGCGGAAAUCAAUGAAGUGAUAAGAAUCUUCCGGUAUCUUGGUGACCAAACCGACUUUGCGCAGGUCUGCAUCCUUUCUCAAUAUAACGCUCAGUGUGCCGAGAUCAGACGCAGACUGAAGGAAGAACGACUGGUAGACACAAAUGUCAGCACUGUUGUUUCGAGUCAGGGUGGUGAGUGGGAUUAUGUGAUCUUCAGCACCGUGCGAUCCUUACCCGAGUACAAAAUAGAAAAGAAUCCGACCUUAGGCUGGUGCAAGCACAAUCUGGGCUUUAUCACAGACCGUAACCAGGUCAACGUUGCUAUAACAAGAGCUCGGAAAGGCUUGGUCAUCAUAGGCAAUAGGAAUCUCCUGCAAUGUGACCCUGUCUGGCGCAAAAUGAUUGAAUAUUACGACGAGGGAGGAUGCGUUAUGCCAGCUAAUCAGUUUCCUCAACAGGGAGUUGAAAAAUCGAGACAAGAACGUCUGCUAGAACGCACGGCUCUCAAUAAGCGCAGAUAUGGCGACUCGAUAUUUGAAUCUGGCGUGGGACAAGCGACAUUUUGGGAAGGUUCUUUUGACGUGCCUGAUGAUGACGACAUCGAAGACAAUUUCACUGGAGGCACACCGAAUGGAAACGCAUCGCAGGCCCAAGUGUCGUUCGGUCGAGGGGCUGGUUCCGCUAGAGGGCGCUUAAACCAGAGAGGGGCUCGGUCAACACAAGUGAGACGAGGUGGCAACCGUACUCAGAGGAAAUAGUAAUGGCCGAAAAAGCUGGUCAUUGGGCACGAAGGCGUGCGUUUAUCACGGUGAAUAUUAUAGUGUACUUCCAGAACUGGAAAAUUAUUAUAAAUAAAUGUUAACCUGUUGUAUCAUUUUUUUUGUUGAUGUUGUUAUGGGAUAUUAUUUAUAACCAUGCAUCAUAUUUCAAAUCAGGUGUUAUUUAUCGUGAAUAUGCUCAGUUGUAAAUUAUAUUUUUCGUGUUAAUGUCAUAGUAGUGAGUUAAUUACCUUUUACAUGUAUAACCUGUAAAAUCAUGUACUUCAUUUAAUGGUGAAAUUCGAAGUUCCGUUUGUAAAUUAUGAUUUGCUUUCCGACAAAGUCAUGUUGAAUUUAAAAAUGCUAUUUUAUUGAAUAUUGUGAAAGGUUUGGAAGAAUUAAGUGCCUUUGUAUUUUUUUUCUUUAUAGAAUGUAUAGUCUAUUAAUUGUGUUUGUUUUAUUUAAUUGUUUUCAAUAUUCUAAUUGUAUGUCCUGUCAUUGCCAAUCUGAAAUCAAUCAUGCUUACUAAAACAUAUAUGUAAUUGAUCAUACGUUGACGUCUUGUGUUUGUUUUUUCGUACUUUGUAAUCAAAGGAUUGCUUGUGUUGUUUGCUUUUUACUUUGUUUUCAACGGUAUUUCUAAUUUAUCCAUGACAUACAGUUACAUGUUUCUGAUUUAAUUUUGCGUAACAAGUUGUUCUUCAUUUUUAUUCCGGUGUUAAUUUUGUAUCUUUGAUUCCGUUGUUCCGUUGUUCGUUGUGUGUUUGUUAUUCCUGACUUGUAUUUUGUAUGAUUCGCCACGAAGAAAAUGUGGCAAAACUUGUGUUAAACGAUUUUAUUUUUGGUUCAAAGAUAAUGCCUCUUAAACAUGUGCUUCCAAUUAAACGUAUCCAUUAGUUUAUAAUCCUUGAAUGGCAGUUAUUGACCCAAUUGCUUUACAUUGUCCAUGUCAGUUUGAGAUUGUUGAACUCUAUGUAUGUUUAACAUCGUAUAGUGCAAGAGUGGGGGUUUCGUAAUGUUUUCUACGUUUAUUUGCCAGUUUAAAAUCAAUGCACAUAUUUUUGUUCGUGCUAAAUAAUUGAUUUAGUGAGAAUUUUUACGUUGACCAACCAUCGGUUUAAGCAACACAUAUUUAGAAUAAUUAGAGGUAGCUUUUUGACGAGAAAAUCGUGUACAUGUUUACCAUUUCGAGUUAAUAAGAUUGCCAAUGCUACAUGUGCCAUAUUGUUUAGAAAUUUUUAUCUUUUGAUUUGCAAGUUCACAAAAGCUGUUUUUUCAUUAUCAGUUUUAUAAAAACUUAUUCUAAGGCUUCAAAUCGUACAUCAAAUCAUUUCUGUCUUCAGUUGUCAAAACACCUAUAUACUGUUUGAUUCCAAUAAUGUCGCUUUAAUGGAAUUACCAUUUUUAUUCAUUUGCUUCUUAAUAUUAAAUCACCUAAACUUGUUUUAUUAGUAGCACAGCCCCAUUAAUAUUUUUAUUUAGUACUGCCCCUGGAAUUUGUUCACGUCAUUAUGUCAUUAUGGAUUUUUGUGACGUCAAACGACCGACUUUCCCAGUUGUAAUCUACAUGCAUAGGUCAUUGGGUUUAUAACGUUCCAUUUUAUUUAUAUUUUCUCUCUGAUAGGCGUUUCUUGUUUGAUUUAAUUAUUUUUAUUUUUUUUAGCAGUCACAUAAACAACCAUGCUAUGUAAUAUGGAAUUUUUACACCCAUUAUUGCUGCUUCUUCCUGUAUUUUCGCGAUGAUUAUCUGAGAUAUUAACUCCAUGACACUAUAUUCUCAAAUCUUUUUCUAUAAAGAAGGAAUGUAGUUGACAAUUGUUAAUAGUUUUAUUUGAUCGUUCGUCAAAAAGUUGUAACUCUGUUACCCCGGUACUCUUGUAUCUUAAAUGCAAUUGAGUAAUUAAAUAGUAAUUAAAUUGAAUGCGUUUUAAUUCCCUUUUAUUAUUGUUUAAUUUGAGUUACAAUGCUAUGACGUUAAAUUUUAUUUACACUUAAAUGUAUUAUGAAUAUUGCUGGGCCAAGUGUGAGGUUUAGCGCUCUAUAACCAGGUUUAAACCCCCAAUGCUUUGCAUUGACCGUUCCAAGGCGGUGACCCCAGCUUUAUUCAUAUUUUGUGUUUAUGUUGGUUUGUAUUGUGCUGAAUUGUGCUGUAUUGUACUGUUUGGGCAAUCGGUCACUUGCAUUAAAUAAAGGACCAACUAAUUGUUUAUAAUGAAAAUUCAAUACUGCUCCAGCAGCUGGAGUUUCACUUCUUUAUAUUUAACUGUACAGAAUCAAACUUCCCCGCUGCACUAAAUGAUUCAUGUGUAUAUUACAUGUUAUUGUAAGAUAAAAGUAAAGAUGUUAUGCUCAAAAGCGUUCUACUUAUUCUAAAAAGGUUUAUUUUUGUGCAUAUUUCUUAAAAUAUUAUUUUGGAAAUACAAGUAUUGUAUUAAGAUGCUUAGUUACGCAGUGCCAUUUUUCAGUAUUGUUUUACCAUUAUGGGAUUAGAACAAAGACGUGUGGUGUGGAGUCAUUUAAUAGCACGAGAAUUUUCUUUCGAUUUCUUUUCAUGUCUUUCAAUCUAUGUGAUACAUUUUUAUAUUUCAUUUAUUUUCCUCUGAUUUUCAACUUUUUGUUAUCUGUUGAUUUUUAGAUCUUUUAUAUUCAAGCUAGUUGUGCUUUUUGCAAGAUGUUAUGUAAUAAAAUCACUAAAUUUCA